UUCGUGAACAAUUGAAUUCUCCUGCUGACUUGACAGUUGGGGUGCGGUUUUCAAGAAAAAUGACACUAAAAUGACCAAAGAGGACGGGGCAGGUCAAGCAAUUGUGGACGAAGUUAAUGAAGACUCUUCCCAACUCAAAGGGGAGCUUCCACAUAAGAUAUCCGAGGUCAUAACUCUAAAAUCAACUAAAGGUGUGGUAAUGCUAUUCAUUUGUAUUAGGUUGAUAAGUUUAUAGGCUUAGUUGAUAUGUGGCGAGAUCCUAUCGUCCCUAUACUCUUUCCGUAGUAUGUUGUACUGAAUUCGUUGGGCUUUUUCGGAUCAUGGUCUCCCAUCUUCAACAAGUGAUAAGGAUAUCUAGUACUUUCAUAGGUAAUGUUCAUUUCAAAAUUCUGGUACCUUCAAUUGCUGCUGGUGCAAUUAUCGGGAAAGGAGGUGAAGCAAUAACAGAAAUCCAAAACCAAACUUCAGCCAAAGUUAAAAUGUCGAAGGCGAAUGCCUUUUAUCCUGGAACAACUGAACGAGUUUGUUUAAUUGUGGGAACUAUUGAAAGCGUAUUACGUGUUUUCCAGUAUAUUUCUGAGAAAAUCUACGAAAAACCAGAGUCUGUCCCUAAGAUUGGUUGUGAAGGCCGAGUACUUACUGAGAGACAUAAACAAGUCAAGAUUUUGGUCCCCAACAGCACAGCUGGAAUGAUAAUCGGAAAAGGUGGCAGCUUUAUCAAGGAGUUGAAGGAUAUUACUGGAGUAUUUAUUCAAGUAUCUCAAAAGUCGAAGGAGCUUAACUUGGCUGAAAGAUGCGUUACUGUCGCAGGUGAACUCUCACAGACACGUGACGCUAUUGCUCUGAUUUUAAACAAAGAUUGCUGAGGAUCCUCAGUCAUCCAGUUGUCCAAAUA